AUGUCSUCUUGGUCWCAGAUGCAUGAGGUAUAYUGGUAUGACAAUCCAGAUAAAACYAUAGAUUGUGCRGUGUGUAGUGCACCUUCYUCUGGGCGCCAUUACGGCGUCUUCACUUGCGAAGGCUGCAAAUGCUUUUUCAAUAGGACAGUUCGAUAUAAGCUUACCUAUUCGUGUGAGGCUUCUGGAAACUGCAGAGUUGAUCGCCAAAACCGAACCCAUUGUCAAGCAUGCCGUUUUCAGAAAUGUGUCACUGUUGGAAUGAGAAGAGAAGCCAUCMGRAGAGGAAGGCCCACGAAGUAUUCCUACAUYUCCAGAUCCUCCAAGUCCUUCACCACCCAGUAUGAUCUAAUCGCUGUUCUAACCCAACUCGAACGCAACAUUCGUCCUCCUAUACCAACCUUCUCCCCGACMAACCCAACCCCUCAACCACCGCCAAACUUCUACCACCAGAUAUGCUCCGUGUUUAUGUCAACACUAGAAUGGUCGCGACGCGUGCCAAUGUUCAACAACCUUGAUGUCUGCGAACAGUAUAUGGUYCUUCGAUCGCGCUGGUGUGAGAUGUUGGCUGUCAGCGCAUCCCARUACAAACUUCACAUCGAGGGAAUUCCAAUUGCAUUCGAAGUUGACGCUAACCCUAACUUUUGUAACGAGAGGAAAAUGCAGUUGAAAAGAAGCUUGAGGAAUUUUCAAGAGUGUAUUUGGAAGCUGAGAGGGCUUGAGGAAGCCGAGUACGCAUGCCUUAAGACUAUUCUUCUGUUUUCACCAGCAGAUACCUCUGAGGGACCUUACUCUCAAGACUUCGAGGCCCUACAAGAUAUGGUGCUUUGUGCCCUUGACCGUUACUGCAGAGCCCGAUUCCCAGAGGAACCGUCUCGGUAUGGAAAAGUCCUCCUCAAAUUAAUGUACCUGAARAGUGUCAUCGCUGAAGACAUCGAGACUCUCGUCUUUUCAAAGCUGUUCCCGCACUCAUCAGUCAGCGGUUUUAUUAGAAAUCACCUAGCAACAGAGGCAGCGAUGGCAGAGCAACGUUUUWCUCCCACCAAAGAAACYGCWGCUUUAGGCUAACUAAUAAGUGCUAUGUUUGGRCUUCCUGUCUCAUAGGCAAAAGGAGGAGGAAUGGAGUCUACAUUGUCAUAGCUAUGAUUAGUCAGAC